UCCGGCGUCGGGCCGCCUUCCCUGCCGCCUCCUUGGCGUGGAUGCUGCGGCUCGGCUCCGGGGUGAGGAAGCUGGGGACAGGACCCGGUGCUCGGGCUGCUGCCCGGCUCCCUCUGGGCACCGAGAUGCCUAAGAAAGCUGGUGCAACGAACAAGGGUAAAAGCCAGAGCAAGGAAGCAGAGAGACCAGUUCCUCCCUCAGGUCCUGUGGCAGUUGAUCCCAAAGGUUGCAUCACCAUAGCCAUCCAUGCCAAACCUGGUUCCAAACAAAAUGCUGUGACAGAUUUGACAGCCGAGGCUGUGAGUGUAGCUAUUGCAGCACCUCCGACAGAAGGAGAGGCUAACGCCGAGCUUUGUUGGUAUCUUUCCAAAGUCUUAGAACUCAGGAAGAGUGAUGUGGUUUUGGAUAAGGGUGGUAAAUCUCGUGAAAAAGUGGUGAAGCUUUUGGCCUCCACAACUCCGGAAGAGAUCUUGGAGAAACUGAAAAAGCAAGUUGAAAAAAAAUAAAAGCAAGAAAUGAAAAGUACACCCUUGAGAAACUUUUUUAUUGCU